AUGCGCCGAUCGUACCACCCGUGCCUUGCGCGGCACCCGCCUACCCACUGCGCUCGCGUCUCCACCCGCGGCGCCCGCACGCCGCAGCGCGGCAGUCCGCGCGUCGCUCCCUCCCCCUCAAGGUGGUGCGCCUCUGCCAUUCGCUGUGCCGCGCUCACAUCCGUCCGCUCGCUCGCACUCGGCCCAUCCCGCCUCCCGCGUCUCAACCACCCCUUGCCACGCCCCUCGCCACCCCCCCUGUCGCCCUCAGACGUCUUUCAGCCGCUGGCGACGGCGUUGCGGCGACUGCCGUCACCAGUCGCCGCAGGGGGCGCGGCGGAGACGGCGAACGAGGCGGCGUUGUUGGCGGCAGUGGGGGCGGUGAAGGGGCGGGGGAGAGAAGUGACGGACGAGCAGCGGCAGGCGAUUCAGAGGGCGGUGGAGCGCCUGGAGGCCAGUCAGGGCGUGCGCGAGCCGGCGCGCUCGCCCCUGCUGGAGGGCACGUGGGAGCUGCUCUACACCACGCGCCCUGGCACUGCCUCGCCCAUCCAGAGGGCGUUCGUGGGAGUGGAUGCGUUCAAGGUGUACCAGCAGAUAUCCCUGCACCCGCGCAACACACGGGUCAACAACAUUGUCGUCUUUGGGGACGCCAUCGGCCGCCUUAAAGUCGAGGCCGAGGCAUCGGUGGCGUCGCCGUCGCGUGUGGCGUUCCGCUUUGACCGUGCAGCGUUCCAGCUCUCCUUCUGGCCCUACCGCCUGCCGUACCCCGUGCCGUUCCGCCUGCUGGGCGACGAGGCCAAGGGGUGGCUCGACACCUCGUACCUGUCGCCCUCGGGCUCCCUGCGCAUCUCCCGCGGCAACAAGGGCACCACGUUUGUGCUGCGGCGCUUUGUGACACCGCAGGAGCGCCUGCUGCACGCCAUUCAGCGCAAGCAGCCCGGCGUCGAGCAGCUGCUAGCGCCAGUGGCCGCCAUAAACCCAACGCGCAACCCCGCCUCCUCCGACCUGCUGCCAGGCCGCUGGCGCCUCCUCUGGUCCUCGCAGGCCAGUGAGGCCAACAGGGUGCAGCGGCUCACAGCAGGCUUCGCCAAGAACUUCCAGGUGGUGAGCGAGGACGGGUCGCGCCUGGAGAACAUCGUGGAGCUGCUGCCCUCCGUGCUGCUCCGAGCCGCCGCCGAGGCAUAUGCGGUGGGCCCUGCGCGCACGGAGGUGUACAUCGAUGCCACCACGCUGGAGCUGGGCGCGCUCAAGGUGGACCUGCCCAUCACAGGCCAGGGCUACAUCGACCAGCUGUACGCUCCCCCCCCCACCUCCCUGCACCCCUCCCACCCUCCCUCCCCCCCUCUAUCGAAUAGGAACUAUAAUAUUUCUGAGACGAUCAGCCACAUGCCUUGGCAGCCAUAA